AUGAGUGUGCACACCCCUGUGUGUGAUGCCAGAGGUGUCCACAUCUCAGUGCAUGACCCCAGGAAUAUCCGAAUCUUCAUCUAUUUGUGGAGAGACAACAGUCAGACUCCUCCCCCAUGUCUUAUUCAUAGACUUGACCACAUCGUGAUGACAGUGAAGAGUAUCAAAGACACCACCAUGUUUUAUUCCAAGAUCCUGGGCAUGGAGGUUGUGACUUUCAAGGGAAACCGGAAAGCAUUAUGUUUUGGAGACCAGAAAUUUAACCUUCAUGAGGUGGGAAAGGAAUUUGAACCCAAAGCUGCUCGCCCGGUUCCUGGCUCCCUGGACAUAUGCCUGAUCACAGAGAUGCCUGUGGAGGAAAUGGUCCAACACCUCAAGGCUUGUGAUGUCCCUAUCGAGGAAGGUCCAGUGCCCAGAACAGGGGCAAAAGGGCCCAUUAUGUCCAUCUAUUUCCGAGACCCUGACAGAAACCUGAUUGAGGUGUCCAACUAUAUCUCCUCAUGAUUCAGACUGUCCCUUCUCCAUUCUGUUCCCCGUGAUGCUGCCCUCUCCUUUCCUUCCUGCAAAACCUUGCCCACCCUCACAGAUCUCAAAAGACUGAGGAUUUAAAUACUUCACACCUCCUGCUAGGAGGUCCUGGGAUGGGUUUGGGACCAAACCUACACGUCUGAAUGUCCUACAUCCAAGCUUCCUCAAUAAAUUAAUAACCUCUCAAUUAAUAUGAGUUCUUUAUUAUUGUUUCUGAGCUAUGUAUGGGUCUUCAUUCAAGGUGUGAGGUCUCAGAUCUGUUUGGGGAUGAGUGACCAGGGUGUGACAUCUCUGAGGACCAAAUCCAGGGUCAUCUCAUUCACUUGGAAUUCAAGGCCCCUGACUGAUUUCUCCUUGUCAGUGAACCCAUUCUUUUUCAUCCUUUUCAAACUUGCUUCACCCCUUCAGGUGCUGCUUGCUGUUUCUGCCACCCCAUAGGCCUCACUGAACCCCAAGUUCUCUAUAACUCACAUCAGACCUUCAAGGGCCAGCCCAGAUGAUAAUACCUCCUCAUGGAAAGCCUUCUCUGGUCUCACUCCCGGAUAUUUAGCACUUUCUACCUUAGCGUCUGUCAGGUCCAGAC